CAAAAUUGAGAAAGCAGAAAUUUUGGACUUGACUGUGGAAUAUCUUCACAAGUGGACAGAUGGCAAGAAAAUGAGCAAUGAUGCUCCCAGUGGUGUGGUAAGUUUCGACCCGAGUGGCCCCCCUUGCUUUACCGUUGAGGGUGCAGGUUUUCGGCAGUGUAUGUGGCAAAUGGCCAGCUAUAUGCAUAAGAUGCCGGCGUUGCAGCGAGCCGGCUUAAUGGAAGGGCUGAAGCACCAUGCGGAGAAGCAUCGGGCCGAACAGCAGCCUUCGUUCAACUCCCGCACGACACUGACGGAUGCGGCGUCAGCGGAGGUCAUUAGCACAUCUGAGAUUCAAGAUUCCCACAACGCUCUGCUCCUCUCGCAUUCCCCGCCUCAGCCUCAUGGUUGCUCCACUCCGCUCCAUUCUCCUCCCACCUCCCCCUGGUUCUCCACAUUUUCUUCCUCCUCUCCUCCUUUCCCCUCGUUCGCCUGUCACUUCUCCUUUUCUCCCAGCCUGUCACCUCUGUCGGCCAACACCUCUUUUUCCUCCCUGCCGCACUCCCUUCACGCUCUGCCCGCCCACGUGACUUCCUCCUCCUCCUCGCCCACGUUGGCUCAGCAGGCAGGCCCGACGGUCUUCCACUACCCCUCGGUUACCUCGUCGAGGUCCCCUCCGCUCCCCACUCAGUCACAGAAGUCAUCCGCACUCACGUGGAGACCCUGGUUCUGAAGUGUGGCGCCCUCUAGUGAUGAGUGACUGGAACCCCAGUAUGCCUGCAA